CUCCUCUCUCGGCUCUGUAGCUCAUGUUUCUGAGAGUCUCUCUCUCCUGAAGAGCAGUCUGGCUGUUCCUCAGCGCUUCAGUGUUGUAGUUAUUGAUCAGGGCUGGAGGUGGUUGGUGUGUGUGUAUGAGGCUGUAAACUCGAUUUCGAAACGGAGUUUCUCUGCUCGGGGAGAGAACAGUCCCGCGGGGAGCUGAGAGCACCGGGAGGGACCGGGUACCGGAGAGUGAGCGGGUUACUGAGCGGAGUCUGGGAGGUGGAGAGUCGGGGCUCUGAGGGGAGAAGCGGCGGAGGAGCGGAGCGGGAGAGAUGCAGCAGCAGCCGGUGGCGGUUCAGCCCGCGGCGGACAGCCCGGACCCCGCAGAGCAGUACACGAAGCGGCGUCGGACAGCGUUAUGGUGCACCGUGGCCUUGCUCGUGCUGUCCAUCAUCGUGCUGGUGAUUGGGCUCCUGUCUGCCACUCGCACUGGCAAUGUAACAGUGGCUGGGUACUACCCUGGCAUCAUACUGAGCUUUGGAACGUUCCUGGGUAUAGUUGGGCUGAACGUGGUGGAGAAUCGCAGACCCAUGUUGGUGGCAUCCAUCAUUUUCGUCAGCCUGGGCGUGAUAUCCUGUUUCUUCUGCGCCAUCAUAGACGGCAUCAUUGCUGCUGAGUUUAUUGACAGGAGGCCUCUAAUGGAGGGGAGGUGCCAGUUCUACGCCAGUGGAACAGGAUAUGCAUAUGACAACUACUAUACUGAGGUGACGUGUCAGUCCUUUAACGAGCAAUGCAACCUCAAGGUGAAGAGCAACACCUGCUACUGCUGUGAUUUAUACAGCUGUGGGAGCCCAGAGUACCACGCCCAUUACUUUGAGUUCACGGGUGUGAGUAGCUGCUUCGAUGUGGUGCACCUGCACAGACUGCUGUGGUCUAGUGUAGUGCUCAACGUACUGGGGGUCUUCCUGGGCAUCGUCACUGCUGCCAUACUAGGAGCUUACAAGGACAUGGCUCCAGCUGUUCAGACUCAGAUGUCUCCCAGUCCUGCUCCCCCUCCACACAUCCUCUAUAACCCCACCCAGCAUAUGGUCACCUAUGCAGGUUUCUGCCCCUCAGGACAAGCCCUGCCUGCCUACCCCAACUACCCAAUGCCCAUGCAGCACCUGAACAGCUACCCAGCCGCAGGUCCUUCUCAGCCCAGUCCUGAGGUGGCUGUGUCUCCAUCGGAUGAGCUCCAGCCUCAAGACCAGUCCAGCGGCAACCCUUCAGUUACAACACAGUCCACUUCACAAGACCCCUCCAGCUACAGGAUCACUCCUAAUGCACCCUCACUGUAUGGACACUCAUUAGGGCCUUUUGAGAAGCCGCCUCCGUAUGCCUGCUAAAGGACUUUUUCUGUGUAACUGAAAUGUUAUUUCUUUAAAAAUGAAUGGCACAAAACAUUCCAGUCCUAACAUGAUGACCAGAUGUUAGUGAGGUAUUGAUAGUUUAUCAUAUUUAUUUAGUUUAGAAACGUAUUGACUUUGACAGGGGCCGCUAGUCAUGGACUAAAUUAUUCCAGCAGUGUAUUCCAAAACUAAUCUUUAAUAUCUGUUUGGGAAACUGGUCCUUAUUGAAAUUUUGCGCUGGAAGUCAGUCAGUAUAUUCUGAUAGUAGUCAGUCUGUAGCUGUUUCUCAAUUUGCGAUGUCUGUACUUGUGUUCUUCUGUACUAUGGAAACGUCAUCAGUCGCAGCCCAAGUACUGUUUCAUUCAAAAGUACAGUCCAUGCAAACCCCCAAAUGUGCAGAGAAUGCAUUUUGAACCAGUUUUGCUCUAAUUGCAGAGGAGAAAGUUAAAAUGUUUUAAAUAUAGUACUGUUGUGUGACAAAGAUAAGAUUUAAGAUAUUACUAGACAAAAUGUAGUUUUACUAGACUUCAAGGCCCAAUUACAUUUCUAACUUAUUUCUAACUCAUAUCUCCAAGGACAGACCCCCCAAACCCAGCUUGCAGUUCUGUUGUGUGAAAAUGCACUUUUCUUUUCAUGCAUUUCUUCAGAGCUAGAGUGACCUCUGGUCUCUUUAAUGUUGUUUAUUAAAGGGGAAGCAUAAAGUUAGUCAAAUGGCUUGUUGUUUUUACAUAAGUGAAUCAAACCUUUGGCCAAAUUCACUCAAAAAUAGCAUUAAUCAGACAAAUUGCUUGUCUUAAAUUUAAAUAAUUGCAAAAUUCCUAAAAUAAUUUGUGUCUCUGCGCUUAAGAGAAACAUAAUAUUUUUGAAACAAUACAAAUUCAGAAACAUUAAAUACAUUAAAUGUGUGAUUCGCAUAUUUGCAACAAAACUGUUAUGGAAUAUGGGAAGUUGUAGGUCCCUAGAAAGUAAAGGAGCCAUGGAAAAUGACUUCUAUGGAACUCAAGGGCCCCCCCUCGUGAUCGUGAUUUGUAUUUAAACUCUUGCUCCGCUCCAGACAGGUCUAACCAAUAAUAAGAGAAAUUUUUUCCUGUGUUUGUUGUGAAGUCCCAGUUUACAAACUCAAGUGAUUUAGAUCAGAAUAAAUGAACAGUAAGUUCGCAUCAUUCUGUUUGUUAGUAAAAUAAAAUGGUGCUCCCUAAAAUUCAGGUUGAGUGAUUAAAAAAGCCACACUUCGCAUUGUGUUCUUUAACCUGUAUACAACAGUGCUGCUUAACUACGAAAUCUGCCCCAAUGCUGGGUUUACAUUCGCUGCUAUUCUCAGUUUUCUGUUGUGUGUCCUUAAACACUGUAGCUUUUCGGAGCUCACAUUUAAAAGUAAUGUGCAUCAGUUUCUUCUGUGUGUAAAUCAUUGUGUAUGUCUUGUGUAAAUUUUAAUUUUGCACUUUAAA